GGAACUUCUUGUUGGAGCAUUCGCUUCUCUGGUUGUCAAACCUGCAGUGAGGACAUGACUGAAGUCCGACAAUAUUCCUCCUAAUGGACCACAUUCUUCUGUCUGUUGGAUCUUUGUAUGAAAGCACUAUGGAAGCAAUGAAAUUCUGCCAAAAUUCAGCAUCAGCUUUGCAUUAUGUUUUGGUAUUAAUAGCUCCCUAUAUAAAUUAACCUCUCCAAAUGAUAACAAUCCACUAGAAACUCCACAAUAGAAGGAAAAAGAAAACAGGAGGAAAAAAAAGAAAGGGGGAAAGAUCAUGGCAAUGAAAGUUGAAACUGUCUCUACAGAGACCAUCAGGCCCUCCUCUCCAACCAAAUCUAACCUUAAAACCUUCAAAAUAAGUCUGCUGGACCAGUUGGCUCCUCCAUUUUAUGUCCCUGUUGUCCUCUUCUAUUCUUCUGCUCCUUCUGAUAUCAAUGUAUCAGAGAAGCUGAAGACCUCACUCUCCCAAACGCUCUCCAGCUUCUACCCCUUCUGCGGGAGGCUGAAGGAAAAUGCUUCCAUUGACUGCAGCGACCAAGGGGCGCUGUUCGUGGAGGCCAGAGCUCGCUUCCCGCUUUCGCGAGUCCUCACCGACCCCGACAUUCUGGGCCUCCAGCAGUUCCUCCCUUUCCCUCCGUACAAGCUGAGCUCGGAAGAGGAAGUGGUCUUAGGAGUCAAAGUCAGCUUCUUCGAGUGUGGAGGGGUUGGGAUUGGGGUUUGCAUAUCCCACAAGAUAGCCGAUGGUUGCUCCGUGGCACAGUUCCUUAUCUCAUGGGCUGAGGCAGGGCUUGGAAUUGGCUCCAGCUCAGGAUUUGGGCCCCGCUUGGAUGCCUCGAUGAUUUUCCCGCCCAAAGUCGUGAACUUCCCGAUGCCAGCUGGAGUAAUCAGCGAUGAGAAGCUCGUGACCAAGAGGUUCCGGUUCAAUGGGAAAGGCUUGGCCCAAUUGAAGGCGGAGUUCCCCGGGCUGAAACCGACCAGAGUCGAGGCUGUCACAGCCCUGAUAUGGAAAACUGCACUGGAAGUGGUCAAAAUAAAGCCAGGGGGCUCGGGGAUAUACCCGCCUUCCGCUGUCACUCACAUUGUGAACAUCCGGAGCAGGGCAAGCCCGCCACUGCCUGAGCAGACGCUGGGCAAUCUCUGGCAGUCAGCGGUGGCCCCGCUAAUGGAUAUGGACAAACAAGCACCCCAACUGCACGAUCUAAUGGCUCUGCUUCGGAAGUCUAUCAGAAGAAUGAACGGAGAUUUUGUAAGGGAGCUCCGAGAAGAGAACAGGUUAGCCAAAGCUUGCGAGUCGCUCAUGUCAGCAAGGAAGUUGGCCUCGACAAGUGGUGUGAGAUUUGAGCUCUACAGGUUUAGCAGCUGGACGAGGUUCCCUUUCUACGAGGCUGAUUUUGGGUGGGGCAGGCCCGCAUGGGUCUGCACAACCAGCGUGCCCAUGAAGAAUGUGGUCAUUCUGAUGGGAACAGGACUGGAAGAUGAAGGAAUAGAGGCGUGGGUCACGCUAACUGAAGCAGACAUGGUCAAGUUCGAGGCCUAUGAGGCACUGCUCCAGUUCGUCAUGCCGCCGAGCCAUUAA